GGUAACGGCCGGAGCCUCGGCGUCCGCUAUUACCAUGGUAACAGUAAGAUCAGGCUUCUUGGCCCACAGCAGAAGGUCAGAACGUGGAGGAUCGCAGCGCAGAGUGACACCAUGGCAAGCGAGGAGGGCUCACCUAUGAAGCUGGAGGCAGUCAUCCAGCGCCUGGAACAUACGGUCCUGAAUCCAGAGAAUGCAGCUGAAGACAGAAUAUUGAGUGUACGUAGUGUGGAAGGCGAGAGGGACACUCUCACUCCUGUGCCUGCCCGCAUCCGAGAAAUUAUCACCCAGAAUCUGAGCGAAGACUCGAGCCAAAGGUACACAGAGACGUAUCCUGAUGUCAGCUUGAAGGAGGAAAACAGAUCUCUGCAGGAUGAAUUAUUUCGUUUGAAAGACUUACUGGUACUAACCCGUGCUGAACGUGAUGACCUUACCAUCAAGAACCAUGCCUUGAGCGAGAAGCUGGAACAGUGCCAGACCCAAAGAUCCGGAGAAAGCGACGCCAUGCUAGAUUUAAAAUAUCGCUUCCAGGAGGAGGAGAGUGCGUAUAAGCGCAAAUUAUCUGCUUACCAGGAGGGGCAGCAACGCCAGGCCCAAUUGGUACAGAGAUUGCAGAAUAAGGUCUUACAGUACAAGAGUCGAUGUGGAGAACUGGAGCAACUACUACUGGAAAAAACCUCAGAAAGUGAGCAGCAGAAAUUAUCAUUACAGGCACAACUGGAUUCAGCUGAAUCUACCCGCCACAGAAUGGAUCAUGAUCACAGCACAGAGGUGAAGAGCGCCCUCACAAGGUUGGAGGAAGAGCAGGAGAGAAGCAGCAGCCUGGCACAGGUUAAUAUGACUCUGCGGGAGCAGAUGGAGCAGCUAAAGUUAACAAAUGACAAACUAACCGAGGAGAUGAGGAAACUGACCGCCGACCUGCACAGAUCUCAGGAUGAGCUGGAGCAGCGAGAGUCUGAGUGGAGGAAAGAGAGAGAGACGUAUACCUCAUACCUGAGUAGUGAGCAGAGCAGUAUCCUGACCUUGUGGAGGCAGACAGCAUCACUGCGCAAUCAGUUUCUGGACUUGCGUUCUAUGGCUGAAAGGGGUCUGGCUGAAAUGAAGACAGACAUUUCCCGCAGCUCACGGCGCAUGCACACAGCCUGUCUGAAUUUGGAUUCAAACCUUCGCCUUUCCCAAAAUGCUGUUGGGGCAUCUCUUCAUACAGCCCGCCUGGAACAGCAGCUCCGAGACAAAGUGAGACAAAUGAUUCAACUGCAGAGCCAGUGGGAUGCUGAGAAAGUGGAACUGAACUCCAGAAUCAAGGAACUGUCUAUGAAAGCCGACAAGCUGAAAGAAGAGAACAGCAGGAUGGAGAAGGAAAAGCAAAGACUAGAAAACACUGGCUGUAACACCUGGCAAGAGCUGGAAGGUGUCAGAGAGGAAUGUGAAUCACUACAGCAGAACCUAAAUUCCAUCACUCAGAUGUGUCAAGCAGAUGUAAUGCCGGAUACCUUGAAUAUAGAAGAAGACAGAAAUGCUGAUGAUGAAUUGCGACGUUCUGUAUCUCCAUCGAGCAGGAGAUCUCCUACGCGUAUGCGUUCACCUCAUAGACAAGACACGGCCAUUAAGGCAGUACAGAAUGCUCUGCAAAGACGCCAGGAGAGAGAGAAGGAGCUGCUCUCCGAAUUGGCGAGUGCACUACAGUCGGUGGAGGACACCAAGAGGCAGCUGUCAGAGAGUCUGCAAGACUCAGAGAGAAGAGGCCAUAAGUUGAAGAGGGAGAAGGAUGAGAUCAGUAAUCUACUGGAGAACAUAAAACAGGAAUCUCAGAGGUGUCAGUCCAGUCUGGAAUCUUUGAACAGAGAAAAGAAGGAGAUAGAAGAGUCUUUAGAGACCGCAAAGCAGAGGGCAGAGGCAUCCCUGAUGGAGAUCGAGAGAUUGAAGGCUGUGAAUACAGAGUUACUGCGGCAGAGGGAGGUUCUGGAAGAGCAAAAGGAAGAACUCAACAGGGAGCGGGAACGUAAUCAGAAGGAGCUGGAGAGAGGACAAAGGACCCAAGAGAAGUUGGAAGAAAAAGUUUCAGUGCUGAAGAAAGACCUGGUUACUGUCAGAGAGAGCUUAAGUCAGAUGAUACUGGAAAGAGAUGUCCUGCAAGGAGAGAAAGAUGCCGUGUCCAGUGCUCUUAGCAAGGCUGAGUCUAGCAGAGCGGAACUGGAGCUGGCACUGAACCAGAUGCGCAGUGAACGGGCGGCACUAAAUGACUCAUUGGCCAAAAUGGGUGCAUUGAAUGAAGGUUUAGCACAAGACAAAGUGGCGUUGAAUCGUCUGAUUUUACAGCUGGAGGCUGAUCGCAGUUUAAUGCAGGAGGACAGGCGUGUUAGCGAGGCUAGCUGUGCUGCACUGAGGGAGCAGCGGGAAGCACUGGAGAUUGAGGUAUCUCAGCUGCAGGCGGAAAGAGCCGGACUGGAAAGGAGGUGCCUUGAGGUGGAAGAGAAGCAGCAGAGGACUGAGGAGCAGCUACAUAGCGUGCGCAGAGAAAGAGCUAAAUUAAAGGAGCAGCUUGCACAGGCCAAUGCAGUAGUACAAACACUUCAAGAUCAGUUGCAGGAAAAUCGAAGGGAGUUGGACAAACAAGCAUCAGCCUUGCAGCGUGCAGGACAGCGCAUCGAAGAGCUGACCAAUCAAAAUGCAGAGCUUGGCGUUCAGGUAGCCACCCUGGAAGCUGAAAGACAUGAACAAGAAGAUGAAGUUGCUCAGUUGCGGGCACAGAAGGAAUCUCUAGAGAGCACCUUGUACGAUACCCAGCGCCGGGCAGCCCAGCUGGAAGAUCGCCAAGAACAACUGGAAGGAGAGAUACACACGCUAAUACUUGCUAAACAAAACCUUCAAGCGGAGGCUCAACACCAGGCCCUGGAAGCGGAAGAAGCCAUGGCUGAGCUGCGGCAACAGAAGGUCAAAGUGGAUCUGCAACUAGCACAAACAGAGCAAACAGCACAGAUCUCAUUCAGCAACCAGGCCCAGCAGCACCAAGAUACUGUAGAGCGGCUCAAGAGGGAGAAGGAGUCACUGCUGCUGGCCAUGAUGGAGGAGAAGCAGGAGGCAGUCCAGCGUAUGGAGAGCGAGAAAGAGGAGCUAUUAUCCGAGUGUGAGAACAUCAGGCAGAAGCUCGGUACGGAGGUUGUUCGCUUGCAAGAGGAGAGGGAAGAAAGUUUACUGCGGGUGGAAAACGAGAAACAAAAGGCUCUGCUCCAAAAGGAAACCGAGAAGAAUGCUUUGAGCGAAAGGCUGAUGCAGACCCAGAGGGAGCUUUCUGACACCAAACUGGAGGCUGAGAGGUUUAGACGGGAAGCUCACAUCAGGCAGGACCAGGACAAGGCAAUGCUGGACGGAGUCUCUUCAGAACUGAAGGCUCUGCAGUCGGAGUUUGAAGAUGCCGUGUCAGCACACUCUAAAGAGAACAAGAGCCUAUGUGAGCGUGUCAGACAACUGAGUCAAGACAGGGAAAACCUGACCAAAGAGAUGGAAGAGCUGAGAACCCAGCUCCGUUUAGCAGAGGAUGCCAGAGAUGGGUUGCGCAGGGACAUCAUUGAAGUUCAGCGCCUGCUGCGGGAGACAGAAGAGACGUGUGAAUUACAGAGGAAGGAAGCUUUAGAGUUACGCCGAGAUUUUGGUGACCUGACACGUGAAAGAGAAACUCUGCAGAAAUCUAACACUGAACUGAGAGCAUCCAUCAAGAAAACAGAGACCGAAAGGAGCAGCCUGCAGGUGGCAAUAGAGGAGAAGCUGCAGCGCUUAGCCGGACUGCAGGAGGCCAAGUCAUGCGUUGAGCGGGAAGCAGCCCAACUGAGAACCAGUUUGCGUGAGGUAGAGCGAUCACACAUUGAGGCCCGCAGACAACUUCAAGAGCUGCGCAGACAGGUAAAAACACUUGGAGGAGAGAGCAGUCAGAAGGAGCAAGAAGUGGUUGAGCUUCAGGCCCGGAUACAGCAGGAGGAGCAGAAAGAGCAGCAGAGUCGAAGAGAGUCACUCGAACUGAGACAGCGUAUAACGGAGAGCGAGGCUGAGAGAGAAGCUGCCCGCAGAGAGAUUUUGUCUCUACAGCAGCGUCUUUUAGCCUUAGAGUCAUCAUCUCGCCAACGUGAGAGAGACUUUGAGCAAAGACUGAGCGAUAGCCGUGCAGGAGAGCAAAGACUUCAAGAAGGAUGCAAGACCCUUCAGGAGCAUCUACAGCAGGGCACCACUGAUACGGCUGAUCUGAAACUUCAGCUUGGAGCUUGUGAGACUCGGGUGCGAGCCCUAGAAAGUGAACUGAAUCGGAUCCAGGCGGCACGAAGGGAGAUGGAAACCCAGCUAAACAGCCUGCACUCAGCUAUAAGACGUACAUUAGGUAUCAGAGGACGCAGCGCCUCACCCCACCGAGCCAGGUCUCCCAGUAAAGGUCUUGAUGGCUCCAUAAGUGGUCUCUUGGAUGGUCGAAGGACACCAUGUUCAAGAGGGGGGUCUCCUGAUCGUGGUCGUUCCCCUUAUCCAGAAAUUGAACCUGAGGGAGUGAUUGUAGCUCUGAAGGAUCUUCUGCAGGAACAAAGGGAGACUCAGAGAGAGAGGGAUGAGGCCGGCAUAGAGAUCGUGUCUCUGCGCAGACAACUAGAUGACAGCUCUAACCAUUCUGAGAGAUUGCAGAACCAGCUGCAGAAACUGCAGAGACAGCUGACCGAGCUCCACGAAGGGGAACAGAAAAUGGAGGAACGUCUUGGCACCUCUCACACAGAAAUGCGUCUGCUGCAGGACAACUUGCGUCAAGUGGAGCUAGAUCGAAAGGCGGCAGAAGAGCGCGCCCUCAAACUGGAGCACAGUUUACGUGUCAGCGAAGAUGAGAAGCGGGAUCUACAGGAGCGGCUGUGCCGGUCUCGUAGCGAUGAAGGCAGGCAUGAACUUGAGUGCAAAAGCCUAAGAGAGGUGCUGGAAGCCUCAGAGAACCGUGGCACGGACUUGGAGCUGAGACGCCGCUCCCUGGAGGGUGAACUGGAGAGGACGCGCCUUUGUCUUGCAGAGAGGGAAGCAGAAGUGCAGUCCCUGCAGGACAGAGCACAUUCUUUGCAGGACCACCUGAAAGAGAGUGAGGAUAGGGAGCUGACUCUGCAGAGGGAGGUGCAGCGGUUAAGCCUUGCAUUGUCCAGGGCGCAGGAUGGCGAGCGGCAGUUGCAAGAGAAGUCGCAGGGGCUGUCGCAAGCACUUGGAGAAGCAGCAACUGGUAAAGGAAACUUGCAAGAUGAUGUGAGCAGACUACAGGGAGCAUUGACAGCGGCCGAGCAAGACAGACGAGUGUUACAGGAGCGGCUGGAUUCCGUGCGGCAGGCAUUGAGUGACAGCAAGAGACAGAACCUGCGUCUUUCACAGACAGUCCAGGAGCACCAACAGCAGCUGGGAGAACUGCAGCUGACGUGCAGGGAAUAUCAGGCGCGGUCAGAGGAGCUGCAGCAGGCUGUUCUCAAACACCAGCAGAGGGAGAAAGAACAGGGUGCUGCACUUGUCGACCUGCAGGAAAGAGUGAAGGUGCUCCAAGGGGACAAGACACAGGUGGAGAUGGUUAAACAGGACAUUCAACACUCUGCGACUCUUCUAGAGAAAGGGAACAACACACUAAGAGCUGCUCUGGAAAAGGCGAAGCGCGAGCAGCUGCGUUUGGAAGGGGAAACACAACGGCUCAACAUAGAGAAGGAGCAGAUAAACCAACUGGUGAUAUCCCUGAAAAAAGAUCUAACUGAAGCACAGAGACAGAAUCAAUACUUGGAGACGCAGAUGACGGAGAUGGAACGUGCUCAUUCUCAGAGGCUUAUGGAACUAAGUGUGAGACAUCGUCAGGAGCUGGACACAGAGAGUGAAAGACUGCGCAAUACUCAGCAGCAGGCAGAAACGACACUGGAGUCUAGAGAGAGAGCGCAUAGACAGAGGAUCAGGGGGUUGGAGGAGCAGGUAACCACACUACAGGAGCAGCUCGACCUGGAGAUUAAACGUAGACAACAAUCCUUGCGUUCUGUUCAUUAACCCCUUCCUAA